CCAUUGCUGUGUUUGACUCUCAGUUGAGUUUAAACUACCGUCGAAGACAGAGAUUUCUUUUGCUAUGGCUCAUACAUAUUGCUGACGUUAAACAAAAGUUCCCAUAAUUGAAAAAAAAGUGGAAAAAUGUGAAAGUGAAAUGGAAUUCUUCUGCAACUAAGGAAAAGUCAAAUUUAUGUGAAAAUUGUUUAACAAUUCUCAAGAAAAUAGUUUUAACCAAUUAGAGCCAUAGGAAAAAACAAAACAAAUUAAAAUUAAGAGCAGUUUAACAAAAUGUUAAACUUCCCUACCAGUCAACAUUUCUUUGUCUUGGUCUUGUUGGGUAUUGCGUCACAAGCCACAGGACAACAUUUGAUUGCCUAUAUCUCCCAACAUGGCCUACAUGGCGAAAUAACUUUUCGCCAAGUCAACUCUAGUCAUGUGGAAAUCUUGGCGGAAUUAGAAACCACACUGCAAUUUCCUGACCAGGUAUGGAGUUGGUCGGUGCGCAAAUUUCCCGUUGACUAUUCGAACACCGAUACAAAUGAGCGCUGCGAACUUCAACGUUUGGGUGAUCAAAUUCUAACAUUUGAUGAUGACUUGGAGUAUAUCAUCAUGCCCGGAAAUGAAUCAGCUAUGUGGUAUAAGGAAAUGCAAUUGAUAGGUCCCAAAGGUAUUUGGGGUAAAUCCCUAGUACUGACCGAAAUCUCCCGCAAUGUACGCGCCUGUGCCACCAUCACCACCAUACAGGUAUCUGUGGAGCAUGUGGCCGAGGCCCGAUUCAAUACUCCCAUCACUGGUUCUGUGUACUUCCGAUGGUUGGCGCCCACAGAAGAGGCAUCUGGGGAUACCCUUAUCUACUCUGAUCUGUAUCACAUCCAAUCACAACCCACGAACUCGGAUCCUAGCGAACACAUGACAAAACAUCGUUGGAAAAUAUUUGUGACAGACAUAUUAAAAUACGAUCAUCAUCGUACCGAGGAUAAUUGUAAUUUCUUACAAUUAGUAUUCGAUCCUGCUGGGGAGGGGGAGGGUAAUGGCAUAGGAGAUCUGGAUAAUCGAUUGGGUAUGCUAAGGGUAGCUAAGAAUGCCUUGAAAUCACCACAGCGUGCUGUAUUUCGUGAUGAGAAGUUGGCCUUGCUGCCUUCAGAUUUGACCAUACCACAUCGUACUUUGUACUUGGUGUUGUACGAGGAUCAGCAUCCGGAAAAUUUUUUGGCUUGCACGCAGAUAAGGCGUGUAAAGCCUUUGACUUAUAAAUCAAUUGUCAACCAUGCCGGCAUUCAAGGAGAAAUCACCAUGACCCAACGCUCUAAAUUUGAUCCCACCUUUUUGAAUUUCACCAUAAACACUGUGGACCAAUAUGCCCAGCAUGUGGCGAAAAAAUUUGCCGAAGAUGUGGCCAGUUUUCGUAUUCAUCAACUUCCUCCCGUGCCCCAUAAACUAGGGCUGCCAGAUUAUUGUGAUUCUACUGGAGAGAUUUAUAAUCCCAGGGAAAUAGAAAAAACUGAAAUACCUCCAGCAGGUUAUGGUACCCAAGAUCAAUACCCUAUAGGGGAUAUAAGCGGCAAGUUGCAGAGUCGUAAUAAAAAUUAUUAUCAUCAUUAUACAUUAUCAGGAGCCACUUCGGAGCUUAAUGGCUUAUACUGGGAUAUAUUCCUACCCCUGCAGGGUCUGGAGAGUGUGGCUCAUCGCAGCAUGAUCAUUUCACAAUUUAAUCGCACCAAUGUGGAAAAUAUCACCGAAAUGUUGUGGGAUUGUGCCAAUAUCAAUCAAUAUGAAAUGAAUGGCAUGUACCAGAAACCCAUGUUUACAGCCCAAGUCCUAUUUCGUUAUCCUAUUGUGGGUAGAGUGCUAUUUCGUCAGCCCGCCGAGGAACCUUGGCAGGAUACCACAGUGAUUUUUGAAUAUCUAAUACAUGCUGAUGGUUCCACCCAGAAUAAUACAUUUGCCCAUAGAUGGGCCAUACACAGUAGUGCGCCUGGCAAAGAUUUCUAUGAUUGGCAAAAUCGUUGCAUAUCCACAGGAGGAGUUUUUAAUCCCUACAAAGUAGAUUGGGGAAAUCGUUCGGUGGAUGAUUAUUGUAGUCCUCGUCUGCCUGCCAUGUGUAGGGUAGGAGCUUUGGAUAUACGCAUGGGUACAUUAAAUAUAGCGGGCAGUAAGCGUAAUGCCCAAGAGAUUAGUCGACGCAUAUUCACUGACACCAAUUUGCCUCUAUCUGGAAGGCAUAACAUCAUGGGAAAGUCUUUGGUGAUCUAUGAUGAUUUUGGACCCAAAGCGAGGGGAGAGAGAUUGGCGUGUUCCAUCAUCAAUGGUCAUUUUCGUCGUAAAGUAGUGGCCAAAGAAUGGUUUGGCAAUGGUGAUGAUGUCAGUGUAUUAGGUAAAGUAGAGGUAACCCAACAAUCCGAAUAUGACAUCAGCAAUGUGGAAGUGCAGUUCAAGGGUUUAGAGCAAAACAGUGGCUAUCACAUACAUAUGACCCCCGUGGAAAAUAAUCUCGCUUUUCCCUGCGAGGACAGCACUCUCUAUGGACAUUUUAAUCCCUACCAAGUUAACCCCAAAUUAUCACCACCACCCCAUCAAGGCAGUACGGAACAAUAUGAGAUGGGUGAUUUGAGUGGAAAAUUUGGCACUUUGGAUUCUUUGACUCAAUAUGAGGAUUAUUACAAUGAUACUCGUCUUCCUUUGUUUGGCAUAAACAGCAUUAUUGGCCGUUCGGUGGUGAUUCAUAAGAAAAAACGAAAUGCUCGCUGGGCCUGUAGUACCCUAGAGAGAGGUUAUUCACCACAUGAGGCUCGUGAGAUAAGAGCCAUUGCUUCGUUUCAUCAUCCUACUGGUUAUGCCUAUGGCUAUGUUAAAAUGACACAACUGAUACAUAAUGAUGGAAGUCAAUCGGAUACUGUGUUAGAGGUGAAAUUGAGGCAUCCUGGUAAAAAUGAUAGGAAUGUGACCCGAAAUCAUAAUUGGCAAAUUUUUGUAAAUCCUGUUGGUGUUGAUGCCGCUGUUAAGCCCACAAUCACUCGAUGUGUAGCUGGAGGUUAUGUUUGGAAUCCCUAUUUUACCCAAUUGGCAGAUCCUUUGAAUCGUGAUUUGUACGAACUUGAAUGUGGCCCAGAUAAUCCUUUACGCUGCUAUGUGGGUGAUGUCGGAGCCAGAUUGGGAACAAUAGAUCUUGGUGCUGAACGCACUGUGGUCACAGAUCCCAACUUCCCUUUGGAGGCCCCAGUGGGAGCUAUAGGCCGUUCUUUGGUAAUAUUUGGUCCAGACUACUCAGGAGAACGUUUCGCCUGUGCCAACAUAGAACCGGAUCACAAUGUGAUUAAAUAUAUCAAUCUACAGAAACCACCCAGAUUUGUGGUAGCCCAAUUUCUUGAUGAACUACGUUCGGUCAUGGGCAUACCCGAAUGGAUGUUAGAUGUUGAUGCUCGUAAAACCAAAGAGCUACAUGGAGGAUCCUGCAUUCAAAUGAUCAUACAUUUCAAGGGUCCCAUAGCUCAUCGCCUGGAAUUGGAUAUGUCUCGAUUGAUAGCUGCUGGGCGUUUGGAUGCCCCUAGUUUGUAUAUUCCUGGUUAUGUGAAUACCAAACGCAAGGCCACCAUUUCGUACAGGACUUGUGGUGUAAGGGAUCGUAAUGAAAAUCGUAAGUAG